GAAGUGACGCGAAAAAUGGGGAAGAUAGCUAACCGUCGUUCCAGAACGCCGAACUGGUCAGUUGAUGAGAAGCAGUUCCUUCUAGAGUUAAUUAAGGAGCGCAAGGAAGUUGUGGUUAAUAAAACUAACAACGGUCCUAAUCAUUCGGAAGAGAAAGACGUAGCGUGGAAUGAAAUUUUGCGUGAGUUAGCGACUAGAUUCGGCAAUAAAUUUAAUGGGAGCUCUAUCAAGAAAGUGAAGACUCAAUGGCAGAAUAUGAAACGUAUAGCGCGUGAAGAGAUUUCGCUGAACGGGCCCGAUGUUCACAAGUACACGCGUCAAUCUUUGGAAGUGUGUAACAUUUUGGAUUUAGUGAAGGAUGGCAUUUUAAAGCACGAAGGAGAGAGUUUGGGCCUUAACGAAACAAUAACAACGAAUGUGGAAAUCAAGGCUGAACGCAUCGACGAAGAGCAGCAUCAAGCAAGUUGCAGCAGUAGCAGCUAUAUGGAGGUAGAGCCAAGCCAAAAUAUAGCUCAAAAUGAUUUAGCACAAGAUUCAGUACAACUCAGUCACGAAUCAGCGCAACUGACUCAUGAACCGUCGCAACUCAGUCAAAGUCAGUUCGAAUCCUCAAUAUCGUCAGAUCAUUCUGAGCAUGAGCAACCAACUGAAUAUGAACUCCAAGAUGACGUAAGAAAUGCUACUAAGAAUGUCUCUGCUAACACUGAGCCAUCUUACUUUGAAGAUUUGAACAAUAUAAAUCCUUUUCAUAGAGACUUUCAACAGUUUUUCAGAUAUACAGCAGCAGAACAGCAAUUAAAAAUGGAUUCGUUAAAAGAAGAGCGCCAAGUAUUCAGAGCCAUGAGAGAAACUGCCGAACUUAACAAAAUAAUAGCCGAACAACGCCUCAAACACGUUCUUUGGAUCAAGAAACAAGAAAUGUCGAAACCGUGUCCGCGAGUAACAAACGGUAGCUACGAACCGUUUCCCUGGGGUUGCAAACAGAGACUAGAAUUGGUGUGCUUAUGUGGGCAGAUCCGUGUUCUGCGGCGUAAGGUGAGAAAUUUUGCAACCGGCAUGGGUAACGCAAUUGUGGAUACGAGUCUAACAGUGGUCUUGUCUACGUUUGAAAUUGUUGUGACAUGGUCAUUGGUACUCCAAUUUCUCUUUGUCGUGUGUAUCCAAACAAUACCUUCAAAUACGCAAAUGUAUAGUGGUGAGCCUGGCUCCGGAGCUGGUAAGGGUGGCGGUGGUGGUGGCGCUAUCCGUGAGGCUGGAGGCGCUUUCGGCAAAAUGGAGGCUGCUAGGGAAGACGAGUACUUCUACAAGAAGCAAAAGGAGCAAAUUGCCAAUCUGAAGACGCACUUAGACAAGGAAAUCUCCUUCCAUCAAGAGCAGAUCAAACGCCACGAGGAUGCCAUCCGCCGCCACAAAGAACAAAUGUCCACAAUGGACAAGAAAUGAGAGCGCAAGCGUAACAGACCUUUAGUAGUACGAGAUAAUUAAAGUAACUCCUGUCUUUAUAAGUAACGUUACGAUAACCAGAAAUAAAAUUACUUAAUUAGAUUAACUGUGAAGAUGUUACUUAUUUUUUUUGCUUUUAUUUUUGUUUAGAUGCUAGUCUGUUUGAAAAACAAUACACUGUCUAC